CCAAUGUCAAUGUGGACAGCACAUUCAAUUGUCAGCCAGCACUGGUACCGUCUACAUUGGGCGCAUUGAGCAGAUCGCAUUACGGAUUAUACACUCAGGUUUAAAGAGCAUCAACAAAAUGGCUGCCGCUCAGAAAUUUGCAAUCACGCUGCUCGGUCUCUGUCUGCUCUGCGAUUUGGUGCUCUGCCAGCAGGCCAGCAAUGACUCCGAUGUGACUGAGAGUCGCACCUUCGGUCAUCAUUUCCUGCGCCGCAUCAGCUUCGCCCUGGUGCCGGGCGCAUUUGUUGUGGGCGUGAUCACCACCCUGCUAGCCGCCUUGACUGUCGUCUCGAUAAAGGGCCUGGGCGUCGGUGUCAUUCUGCUGGUGCUGGCUAUUGGCCAGAUGCUCUCCCGUGCUCUGCCCGUCCAGGCCGCCGCCGCCUACGCUGCCGCACCCGCACCCGUGCCCGUCGUCUACUCCCACUCGCAUACCCAGCAGCCCGUGUGGCUGGAGAAGGAGUGGUAAUUUGAAUGGGCUGGAGCUGGUCGCAGGCCACAGAAUACCUCAGCGAGCGAGCAUGCAACCAAAUAAUAAUUUAAGUCUAGUUUAAAUUAUCUAUUUACCAAACAGCAACACAAACACACACAUACAAUAAUUUAUUUAUUUAAUACACAACGCAAUUAUUUAACGAAAUCAAAUAUUUGUU